UUACCUUUGACUUUCCCUUACUUAGAUUUCUUGCUUACUUAGCAGCUAAUACUUAAGGAAGAUUAUUCAUCUGACAAAUAAAUUGGCUCAGUGAUUUAUUGUUUUUGGCUCCACUCGGCAGCCGCUCACAGCUUACAUCACAACUUAGGCUUGUUGUUGUUGUUUACAUUCGACUCUGCAAGGAAACAGAGGAGGAGGAGUCAGAGUUCAGAGACGAUCUGUGCGCUCACAGCGAGUCCUGCAGCUCUCAGUGCAACACCUGCCACCAUGUUGGUUUCUAUUAUCCUCCUGUGCGUUUGCGUUUGGUUCAUCAUCCUUCAACUGAAAUCCCGGAGGCCCAAGAACUUCCCCCCGGGACCCCCCGCCCUGCCCGUACUGGGGAACCUCUUACAUCUGAGCCUGGAGAAUCCUCUGAAGGACUUUGAGAGGCUGAGGAAAAAGUAUGGAGACGUCUACAGCCUCUUCCUCGGCCCCAAACCUAUGGUCAUCAUCAACGGGCAGAAUGUGAUAAAGGAGGCUCUGGUGACCAAGGGAAUUGAUUUUGCUGGACGACCAGAUGACCUGUUCGUCAAUGACGUCACCCAGAGGAGAGGCGUGGUCCUGGCGAACUUUGGCGCCAGCUGGAGGGAUCACCGUCGCUUCGCUUUGUCGACCAUGAGGAACUUUGGUAUGGGGAAGAAUUCAAUGGCGGACAGGAUCCAUGGAGAGCUACAAUACAUUGUGGAGGCAAUGGAAAAAAACGUUGGCAAAAUCGUGAAUCCUGCAAUUCUGGUUUACAACACGGCCUCCAACAUCAUAUGCCAGGUUCUGUUCGGAACUCGCUUCGAGUAUGACGACGAGUUCAUCAAAGUGAUCGUUCAGUGCUUUAGAGAAAAUGCCAAGAUGGCAAACGGACCCUGGGCGAUGAUGUACGACUCUUUUCCACUGAUUCGUAACUUGCCGCUGCCGUUCGUCAAGGCCUUUGAAAAUUUUAAGGUUGCUGUGAAAUAUGUACGUCAAUUCCUGGACGAGCACAAGAAAACCAGAGUUCCUGGAGAUCCACGUGACUUAGUUGACUGCUAUCUGGACGAACUGGACAAGAGAGCCGGUGAGGAUUCUCCAUUUUCAGAGGAAGAACUCAUUUCGAACUCCCUUGAUCUUCACUUUGGUGGAACUGACACGACCUCCAACACCCUGCUCACUGCUUUCCUCUACCUCAUGGCCUACCCACACGUACAAGAGCGUUGCCAGCAGGAGAUAGACGAGGUGCUGGAAGGGAAGCAUUCGGUCACGUAUGACGACAGACAUAACAUGCCAUACAUGCAGGCUAUGAUCCAUGAAGUGCAGAGGAUAGGCAACAUCGUUCCACUCAGCGUCUUCCACUCAACGACCAAAGACACCGAGCUCAUGGGAUACUCCAUUCCCAGGGGUACGUUGGUCAUCCCUAACCUGGGCACAGCCCUGAAAGAGGAGGGACAAUGGAAAUUCCCUCAUGAAUUCAACCCAGAAAACUUCCUCAACGACAAGGGAGAGUUUUUCAAACCCGAGGCCUUCCUGCCUUUCUCUGCAGGUCCUCGGAUGUGUCUGGGAGAGGGUCUGGCUCGUAUGGAGCUCUUCUUCACCUUGGUGACUCUGCUGAGGAAGUUCAAGUUUGUCUGGCCUCAGGACGCAGGAGAGCCAGACUUGACUCCGGUCUACGGGAUCACCCUGUCUCCCAAACCUUACUGCAUGAAUGUCCAGCUCAGGGCGACACAGUAAGAAGCUCUGCACACAAAUAAUCCAGUCAAUAUUAUCUUAGCUACCUCACAUUAGCUUUUAAAUCAUAUCCUUGUAGCUCAUCAUUUAAAAAAAAGAACACAUCGUACAUAUACUUUACAAAUGUAUGAUUGGGUUAGGGUUAGGGUUAUUUGAUGAUUGUAUCAAAUGCAUUUAUAUAUGUAAGUGAUCGAUGGGAUUGAUGGGCUGGAAAAUAAACGUCAAUAUUGAGACAAAAUGUUUCCUUCUUAUGUCUCUUAUUCAUGUUGAUGGACUCUCUGAUGCUCUUGUAUCCCAAUUUGAAUACAAAGCUGCUUUCAGACAUGCACUGAACUCGGUGUUCUCUCCAGAGGAGCUGCAUGUGUGAACGCAAAUGUCCGAGUGAGUAAGACACCGACGAAGAUGUCAAGAGAGUUUGUGGUGAUAAGAGUUGACAUAAUAGUUAAUACGUCACUUCCUGCCUCUGCCCUCUUCCCCUCUCACCUGAAUAAUGUGGAGGAGUUGUUGCUGUUGUGAACCACGGAUCAGAUUAGUGUGCCCUGCACUCUUGUGGCCUGAGAAGUGCACAACACCAUCUUAGAAUCACCAGAACAACACUCAUGUGUUUUUCUUGUUUUAUGUACAUGUUUAUAACUUUAUUCCCAUAGUGCGCCACCUCUGCACGGAUCAAGGAAUACAAAAAUCUCCUGUCAACCAGGCAGAUUGAACCUUAAUGAAAAUAAGAGGAAAGAAAAGUUCACAUACAGACACAAAUCCUUAAAAUGGCUUUAGUUCUGUCAGCUUCAUGAAACGUAUGGUCUUAACAGGAAAUGUCACAAAACUACUGCUGUUCUAUGAACCUAUUAUAUAAUUAUAGCCUGCGUGGGUUUUCUAACUCUAACUAUUUAUAUAUUUGAGGCUAGACAUGACAACGCUCUUACUUAAUAUGUUGUGUUAUGUAUAGAAAUAGCAGCAGCUGGAUGAUCCUGCCUGGCUCAUUGUCCACAUGUCACUGAAAGCACAACCCAACACAACUAUUCCUUUAACAAUUGAAUGGUACGAUGACAAAGUGAUCUUAAAACCCAUUUUAUAGACUUGCUUUCAUGGGAUGUUUUGUUUUUAGUGUUUUAUGGUUAUUUUUUAUUUUCACCUUUUAAUUUUCUUGGUCACUUAUUUUUCUUGUCAUAUUACUGCUUUUAUGUGUUCUAGAUUUUAUUUUUCUUACUUUGUUGUAAGAGCACUUUGUAAACUGUAAAAAAGUGCUAUAUGAAUAAAGUUUAAUAUUAUUUGUGUUUCA